CAUUACUAAUGAGGAAAUUCGACACAGGAUCAAAGCUAUUAAGCUACACGAUGACCUGCUGAACUCAGAAAUUAGUAUGACCACAUCACAAGGUUCUCAGGGCUCGCAAAGCAUCUUCUGCAGAGAACAAAACCAGGUAAAAGAAGAAGAAGCAGAAAGAAAAAGCGAUGGGAAGACAACAUCAAAGGAUGAACGGAAGUAGUCUAGUCAAGGCGAAAGAUGGAGGAAUGGAGGAAGACGGUCAACUGAUCAUGAGUGUUAACCCAAUGGUCCAACAGACUAAGGGAUAGAUUGCGUUGCCAUGGUGAUCAAACGAGAAGUGGCCUAUGGCAUUGUCCAAGGUUUGAGUGACUUCUGGAAGUGUUCAGAACUUCAAGAUUUCACUGUCACCAUUGGUAAAACCCAAUAUGGAUGUCACAGACUUCUUUUGGCAGCUUGCUCUGGGUUUUUUAGAGGACUGUUUAGAUCCGGCAUGAAAGAAACUGAAUUAAAGUGUGCGACUGUUGAAGACAUUUCAAAUAAAACGUUUGAGUUGAUCCUUGAGACUCUGUACACCGGUCGUGGUGUUUUGACAAAUGACAAUGUCAUUGACAUCUGGCGGGCAGCUCAUCAACUUCAAAUAACGUUUCUAAUCCAAGACAUUGAAGAAUUUAUUAUAAAAACUUUGUCUUUUGAAAACUAUGUUGACUAUUUUGUGAACAGCAGACUCUUGAACUCUGAAACAGUAAGUCAGACAGUCUGGUCAUUCAUCCUUAAAAACUCCAACGAUUUUUUCAUGACAAAUUGUUUUAACGAGCUACCACUUAGUGCUGUUUUAAAUGUGAUCAGAAGUCAGGAUCUUGUGGCUGAAUCAGAGGAUGACGUCAUCAACGCCAUUUUAAGGUGGGUGGAGUUUACGUCAAUCAAAGACCAUGGAGGGACCAAUCAAAAUGUUCAAAAGAAGAUUGGAAAAAUGGACGAAACUAAUACAUUGAAAGAUGUUGACAAUCCUGAUGACAAAUGUAGCGAUACAUGUAACAAUAUGGCUGUAAACAAUCAACACGACAAGGAAGAUGAACUUUUUACAAGCAAUGGUAACAGAAGAAAGUAUCUGUUUACCUUGUUAUCAAGCACAAGACUCGGUCUUACAUCUCAUUCGUGUUUACACAUGUUGGCACGCCGCCCUCUUGUCCAUGAUAACCCUAAAACUAAGGACCUCAUCAUGGACGUCCUCUUCUACCAGCUUCAGGCUGAAAACAAACGAAGUGGACAGUGGCCAUCUUGGGCGAUACACAGAAACAGCAGCCCUUACGUCAAUGUGGCUGUGGCCACGUGUCACUUUGGAACGUCCGUUCACGUCAGCGUAUUUUCUUUUUCCACAAACUUUUGGCUACGACUAUUUCCGUUAGAGAGCAAAGCGAAGGUCAGGUUUGCUGUCAGAGGCCAAACUCUGUACGCCUUGGGCACUUCCCUUACUGUAGGAACUUUGAAGAGUUCUGAGAAUGAUUUACUAACGGAAAUCGCAAAUAGCCAUGAACCAGUUUCUUUGUCCUCGACAAGACACACACGAAGUCUGUCAAGACUGCAUAGGACGGGAUUCGGCUUCGGCUUGCUAGCAGACAAUCCAAAAGUCAAUUCUGGUAUGCCUUUAACAGUUUAUGAGUAUCAAGAUGGCUUUUGGUUGGAUCUGACUUUUUCUCUGAUUUUGUCAUCAGAAAGGUUUUCUGUUGUUGUUGCUGACUCAUUCCUGUAUAUUCUUUCAUCCGAUAAACAAUUUUGGAGACUAGACCCAAUAACAAGAGUGCAUGUCCAAUUAGCAAAAUUUCCUAAUGAUCAAACCGCCUGUCACGUGACAAAUUAUGAGCAUAAGAUUCUUGUGUUUUCAAGUGUAUCUGGUAAAGGUGUAGACGAGACUGUCGUCCACUGUUAUCAUAUGCUACAAAAUAUCUGGACACGUCUCAACAAUCUUGAAGGUCCAGCUAAAGGAAUGACCAGUUUUAAAGAUGACCAUUUCACUUACAUUUUACAGUCCAGUGGUGAUCUGUGGAGAAUGGUCGAGCCACAAUCAGAUCUAUUAGAAUUUGAGCAUGUGGUCAAGCUGUGGAGUUGUGACUGGCCAGUUCACGGAGCGGUAACUUUCAUAGAUGAGUUAUACAUCUAUGGGGUCAAGUCUGAAGCUCGAAAAGAGGACUCUCAUCUGCGAAAAUGUCUACCAGGUGUCUUCAGACAAAUCAUUUAUAUGGAGAGCAAUGACUUGACCAAAACAUCGACUUUUCUUCCUUUUGUAGUGAAGAGUUCCUAUCUGAGGCAUUUUUCUUAGUGAAGAGAUUUUUGAGUAGGAACUUCAAUUGGAAGCGAAAUCUCCUGUCUAUGGAGGGAAAUUAGGAUUUCAAAGCGAGGCUGAUUGUUUUGUGCCACUACUCUUUGGUCCAAUGUGAGUGACUGAAAAUAUACAUGAACAGUUUUUCUUUGUUGGUUUUGUUUUUCAUUAUGAAUCAGGCUAAUUACAAAACGAAUGGAUUAACAUUUUGUUACACUGAUGUUUGCUCCUGUUUUGUAAA